AUGUCCAAAUUUGACAAGUGUGUAUGCGAAUGGAUUUUCUCUGCUUCCAUUGAUCGCCAGAGCAAACAUCAGAUUCUCGAGAAUGUUAUCACCACCAUCGACGAGUACAAGAAGAUGGAGGGGAAGGACCUGAAAACACAGGGGGAGUAUAAAAAGAAACUCAUAUCAGGAAUUUCGGGACAAUCUCGUAGUGGUCACACGGGGGGAAAAAGAAAUAAGGGAUCUGUGGUUGACUACAAGUUUUCCAGGAAGGUCAAUGAGGUUAUCCAACGGCUUGACGAUCCGCAAAUUACUCCACUUCCAACGAGUUUGUCACAGCGAGAGGAGAAUGGAAGCGAGGAUGCAAAUGUGCCGUUGAACUCGGCAGUGCCUGCAAACCCUUCACAGAAUGGACAGUCUCUGCCCUCGGUGGAUGGUCUUCAAGAGAACCAUGAAAUCAAUGACGGAGUUGAGAGCGAGGAGCAGUUGACCAUUCAAAGCGAUCGGGUCGAAACGGAUGAGAAAUACGAAGAAAAUGAAAUGGAGGCGAUGCGCUACGGAUUUGAAACAUUCAAGUUUGUCAAGACGGGCUCGCGAGCAAACUCAGCCUCGUCCUCGGAUGUGGGCGAUGGCGGAAACGCGGCUGCCGCAAACCGCCCCGGCACAGAUGAAAUUAUGGACGACAAUGAAGAUGAACGGCGGCGCCUUAUUACGAUGCAGGGUCAUUCUCGACUGGGAAUAUCGGCUCGCAGUAUUGGUGCUGAAGAAAUGAUGUCCACAGAGUUCCCCACCGCAGCCAAGUCAUCUGAAGCCGCAAGUUUUAUUAUGAAGGUGUUGGAAAAACACUUCCUUUUCUCUUUCCUGGAUGACAAGGAAUUGCACAAGCUGGCGAUGGUGAUGAAUACCGAGGACUUCCCGGAGGGGAUAAAGGUUCUUGUCAAGGGGGAGACCAACAGUAAGUUUUACAUCAUACUUGACGGCAGCGCUACCAUUACCAUGUUUGAAGAUGAUCCGGACAGGAUUGAGACGGAGAGUCUUCAGAAAGGUUCCGUUUUUGGGGAAUUGGGCCUUCUGUAUGAAACCCAAAGCGAAGUGAGCGUGGAAUCUACCACUCCCCUCUUUUGUGCAACUUUGGAGCGAAAUACGUACAAAAUUGUGGUCUCUCGGGCCGAAGAAGAAAAGCGUCAACGGUAUUUUUCGUUUCUUGAAAACGCUCCCUUCAUUAAGGACUUGCCGGCACAGGAGCGUUUGAAAAUUGCGGAGGCGUUAAAGGAGGAUAAAUACACCGAAGGCGACAAAAUUAUAAGGUACGGUGAGAAGGUGGAUUGGCUACAUAUCAUUGUGGAGGGCACGGCUGAUGUGAUUGGACGAAAUGAAGAGGGUGAGGAGGAGUAUGUUGUGACAAAAAAUGUUGGUGAGUGCUUUGGCGAUUUGGAGUUUUUGUAUCACCAUGAAACGGUGGCCGAUGUUGUUGCAACGAGUCCUUUUGUUCGGACUGCCAAGAUGAGCCGCCUUCACUUUGAACAACUCAUUGGGACCGCCAAGGAGUUACUGGACCGCGAGGUGAAGGAAGAUGCAUCGUACGACUACUACCGCCGAACGAUGGUUGGGACGUCAGCUCCACGAGAGGAUCCCACGCCUUCUUUUGAUGCGCCGCCAGAAUAUCUUUCCAAGCUGAAUGUGCCGUUGAAAUUGUGA